AUGCUCUCCGCCUUCACGGCUCGGCCCAUUGUCGAGCUGAAACAGCGCGACAAGUCCAAGAUCGAGUCUAUCCUUGCCUAUGGCGAUCGAGUGCUUGUCGGGCUGAACUCGGGAGCCCUGCGCAUCUACCGCGUCAACGACCAGAUAGAAGACACCGAGCCCGAAGCCAAGCAGAAUGGCGACCACAACGACGAGACGGAACUGCCCACACCAAAGGCGAAGCCCGCAGACCUGCUGCGCGAGGAGGAGAAGUUCUCGCGGCGCCCAAUACAACAGCUCGCAAUCAUCAAGGAAGCCAACAUCCUCAUCUCGCUCUCAGACAACCACGUCUCGAUCCACGACUUGCAGACAUACACACUGCAGGAGAAGCUGGAGAGGACAAGGGGGGCGACGACGUUUGCUGCAGCUAGCAAUAUUGUGAAGGAUGCAACCACGGGCAUACCCUCGAUUGUGAGCAGACUGGCGGUCGCGGUCAAGAGGAAGAUCAUACUAUGGACAUGGCAGGACAUGGAACUGACAGGCGAUGCGGUAGAGAUAUCCCUCAUCGCUACCGUCAAGAGUUUGACGUGGGCAACGGGUACCAAGAUUGUAGCUGGCAUGGACCCCGGCUUUGUCAUGGUGGACAUUGAGAACCAGGAGGUGCAAGACAUUGUGAAGCCCGGCGCGCUCGGAGAAGGCGGUGCCCAGGGAGGCGCUCGCUUUGGCGCCGUGUCUUCGUCUGGCAUGGGCUACAUGGGCAUGGCUAGCUGGGUACCGAAGCCGCUAGCAACGCGACUGGGUGAGGGCGAGAUGUUGCUGGCAAAAGAUGUGAACAGUCUGUUCAUCGACACGGAUGGCAACCCCAUCGAGAAGCGACAGGUUCCGUGGCACUCGGCUCCCGAGAUGAUCGCAUACUCGUACCCAUACAUGCUCACGCUGAACCCGCCAGCCAAGGGCAGCUUGGAAGUGCGCAACCCCGACACGCUCAACAUGCUGCAGUCCAUAUCACUUCCGAAUGUCACCUUCCUGCACGUCCCACAACCGAACAUCAGCUUGGCGCAUGCCGGCAAAGGCUUUUUAGUAGCCAGCGACAGGUGUAUCUGGCGCAUGGGCGCAGAGAGCUACGCUACACAAAUCGAUGAGUUGGUUGCUGGUGGGCGAUAUGACGAGGCGCUCAGUCUGCUCAACAUGCUGGAGGACACUCUGCUGCUGGACAAGGAGGACCGUGUGCGGGAGAUUAUGAUACUCAAGGCGCACGCUCUGUUCGACAUGAAGAAAUACCGCGAAGCCAUGGACCUGUUCACUGACGCGAAGGCGCCACCAGAGCGAGUCAUCUCUCUGUACCCCAGCGCGAUCGCGGGCAGUCUUGCGCAGGAAGGAAGUGUCAAGGGCACCGAUAGUGUUGGGGACGAUGAAGAAGCGAACGGGGACAAACCUACGACAGAUGGCAAGGAUGCAAGCCCUACACCUGUUGCAACAAUCGGCCGUUCAAUGAUGGGUAGACUGGUUGGCGGUGGCGGCGGUAAGAAGGUCGACUCGGAUGCUGCUUCGAUCCGCUCUUCCAUCAAGGAAGAUGUGCCAGACACACCCAUCAAGAAGAGAGGCACUGAUUCAUCGGACAAGCCGAACUCAGAAAAGGACUUUAAGGAAUCUGUUCGUGCUUUACAGUCGUUCCUCGCGCAAUGUCGCGUUCAGAUCAAGCGCUACAUCGAUACUGAUGGUAACCUGAAGCAACCCCUGCCGGAACCAACGGAAAGCCAGCCUGAGGACUACAAGCCGCCCUUUCACAAUUUCAUCCUUCUCACAGGUCCGGCGAACCAGGUCGAUUGGAAAGGAAAGUUGCUAGACGUUGCUCAGCUUGUCGAUACCACUCUCUUCCGCGCCUACAUGAUAGCGUCCCCGAGUCUAGCAGGCCCGCUCUUCCGUCUGCCCAACUUUUGCGAACCGGACGUUGUACAGGAGAAGCUGUAUGAGACAGGUCGAUAUGCUGAUCUCAUUGACUUCUUACACGGCAAGCGGCUGCAUCGCCAGGCUUUGGAGCUCUUGGAGAAAUUUGGCAAGAAUGAAGCUGACGAGGAGUUGGAUACCCUCCAACAGCUACCACCGGAGAUGAUCGACCUCAUCCUGGAAUUCGCUGAGUGGCCGUUGCGAACAGAUCCAAAGCUUGGCAUGGACAUCUUCCUCGCUGAUACAGAGAAUGCAGAGACGUUACCGCGUGGCAAGGUAGUCGACUUCCUGCAGCAGAUUGACCUCAAGCUGGCUGUCAGAUAUCUCGAACAUAUUGUUGAAGAGCUGAAUGAGACCGAUCCAGACUUCCAUCAACGACUUGUUGACCUGCUGCUUGAGAGGCUGCGGAGUGGUGACUUUGAGAGUGACGACGAGAAGAAAGAGUGGAGAGAACGACUGCAGCUCUUCUUGAAGACGAGCAGGAACUACAACAACUACCGCGUGUUCCAACAGUUGCCGUCCACUGAUCCUGAUUACUAUGAGCCACGAGCUAUCGUAUUGAGCAAGAUGGGACAGCAUAAGCAGGCUUUGGCUAUCUAUGUCUUCCAGUUGCAAGACUAUCAGAAAGCAGAAGAUUACGGCGGCCCCAUGCUGACAGAACUCUUUAGCUACUGCAACGAGGUCUACAUCUCCACCCCGCAACCACAAUCACCUACCAAAUCUUUCCAGCCCAGCACGACCAUACCCACGAGCACCAACAUUGACGACUCGGAACCUUCCAUCUACCACACACUGCUGUCCCUCUACCUCACACCAGCUCCGCCAAACAAACCCAACUGGCCUCCUGCUCUCGAUCUCCUAAGCAAGCACGGCGCCCGUCUCCCUGCCUCUUCAACGCUCGAUCUGGUGCCUCCGUCUUUACCCGUCAAAGAUCUCGAAUCUUACUUCCGCGGGCGCAUACGCAACGCCAACUCGGUGCUGAAUGAGGAACGUAUUGUUGCCAAGCUGCGGGGCGUGGAAAAGGCAUCCGUCAUCGAAGCAGUACUGCUUGGCGACGGCAAAAUUGGGCGCGACGGUCGUGUGAUACCAGGCGGGUUGAAUCGACGCGUUGUAAUCGACGAGGACAGACAUUGUGCAGUGUGUCACAAGCGCUUUGGAGGCAGUGCGAUUCGCGUGUACCCGGACAAUAGUGUUGUUCAUUCAGGGUGUAUGAGGGGGAGCGUCGGAAGGACGAAGAGCAGUGGUACGGGAAUGGGGUGGCGGUAG